AUGAAUAAUAAUAUAUUUUAUUCAACUUUUUUAGUUUUUUUAAUUUUUUCAGUUAUCAAUUGUCAAGAUCCAAAAGUAAUUCCAACUAUUAGUAAAGAAUACUCAACAUAUGUCUCUUUUAAUAGUCUUGAUUAUAAGAGCACAAUAGCUUACAAAGAAAAAAGUAGUUCAAAUUUUUUAUUAAAUGAAAUUACUUCUGGAUAUAAAGUUUAUUCCGAUCUUUUAAACAAUAGAAAGGUUUUUCAAAAUAUAAAUGGAACAUUAAGUCAAUUUGUUCUGCCAUCAGAUUCUCACCUUUUUAAACCAUCAUACGAAAUUAUUGAAUCUUUUAAAGAUAUGUCAUUUGAAGGAACUACCAUUAUUGACAGAGGAAUCGAAUGUGACGCAUUUAAACAAUCUAUAAAUGAAAUUCCAAUGGUAUUUGACAUUGUCUCAAGCUUUUCAGUAAGCAAUGCUAAUAUUGAAAAUAUUCAAAAAAUAUUUAUCGAUUUCAAAUCUGAGGACGUUAAAGAUACUAUUUUUGAUUUUCAAUGCACAUUUAAAGAUGGUAUAACAAAAUGUAGUGUUAGCUCCCAAAAAAAUGAAAAAUUGGAGAAUAUAAAAUUAGAGAAUAAUUUAGAGUUAUUAAGUUUAGAUUCAAAAGCCUCAUCAGAGUCAACAGAUUCAAAAGCCUCAACAGAUUCAAAAGCCUCAUCAGAUUCAACAGAUUCAACAGAUUCAAAAGCCUCAUCAGAUUCAACAGAUUCAAAAGCCUCAUCAGAUUCAACAGAUUCAAAAGCCUCAUCAGAUUCAACAGAUUCAAAAGCCUCAUCAGAUUCAACAGAUUCAAAAGCCUCAUCAGAUUCAAAAGCCUCAUCAGAUUCAACAGAUUCAAAAGCCUCAUCAGAUUCAAAAGCCUCAUCAGAUUCAUCAGAUUCAAAAGCCUCAUCAGAUUCAAAAGCCUCAUCAGAUUCAAAAGCCUCAUCAGAUUCAACAGAUUCAAAAGCCUCAUCAGAUUCAACAGAUUCAAAAGCCUCAUCAGAUUCAAAAGCCUCAUCAUCCUCAUCAUUAGACUCAUCAUCCUCAUCAUCAUCCUCAUCAUUAGACUCAUCCUCAUCAUCAUCCUCAUCAUCCUCAUCAUCCUCAUCAUCAUCCUCAUCAUCAUCCUCAUCAUCAUCCUCAUCAUCCUCAUCAUCAUCCUCAUCAGAUUCAUCAAAUACAAUUGAAUAUACAUAUAAAAAUGUACUACUCCUUAAAGAUAUAGAGGGCUUUGGUAAUGUCGCUGAAGUUGUUUCCGAAAAUACAACUAUUUUUUUUGAUGCCAAUGGCAACAUAAGAGCUUUUUUUGAUAGCAAAACCAGUUAUCCAGUUCGAAUUACUAUUGAAGGUGAUUAUAAAGAUUUCCAAGAUAAUACAAACAAAUUUAGCAUUAACAUUGGAUAUGUUGAUUGGACACCAACACAAUUGGUUGAUGAUAUCUCAAGUGUUUUCGAUAAAUAUGACAGUUACCCAUCAAUUUCAAUGGAGGGAGGAGGCGAUUUCCCAAAAGGUGAAAUCAAAGAUGCCAAAUCACCACUCAAAAUCAACCCAACCACUUUUAGUACAGUCUUUGAACUAGUUUCAAAUGGAGUUAUUAGUUCAUUAAAAUGGUCCCACAAUGAAAUAUUAGAUACAUUCGAUAUUGACAGCACAAACAAAUCUGAAAGUUUAGUAAAUAUUUUCAAAGAUGGAUCCCUUCAACAAAAUCAAUAUAGCUUAGUUUGUGACAAAUCAACAAAACUGGUAACAGAUUUUGUUGAUUCAGAGCUCAUUAGCCUUUUAGUUGGCUCAACAACUUUAAACUUUCAAUUGGACCCCGUAACAGAUAUUAAAAGAUCAGUUAUAGUUAAUAAAUGGACUGCCACAUCCGAAACCAAAACUUACACCAUUUAUACUUAUGCUCAAGGUUGGUCUUUCCCACUUAGAAAUCUUUCCACUUUAACCGAUGCAGACUAUUCAAUUCCAUUAGCCAUUCAAAUUGAAGAUAGUGCUGCACCAGAAUCAAAAAAAUAUUGGGAUCUCUUUGAAUAUAAUAAUAAAGUUGUUGAAACUCAAAUCAUCUCAAAAGAAUCAUGCUUCCCAGAUCUUCCAACCAAAUAUUCUACAUAUGUAACAGUCAACGAUAUUAAAUCUGGUUCUACUUUACAAUUCAAAGAAACCUAUCUUGAGGGUAACACUUACACUAAAGGUAAACUUUUUAAUUCACAAGCUGAAAUGGUACUUUUAAAGAAUGGAUCAGUUGUUCAAUGUUAUGAAAAAGUUUGCACUUUAUUUGAUUUCGCAGUUUCAAAUUCAGCAGAUUACAAUUCAACCAUUCAUACUCAAUUUAAUUCAGAUGGUCUUGGUCCAAUCCAAUAUAUUGGUGGUCAAUCAUGGAGCAGAAAAGACUCAGAUUUUGUUUAUAAUUAUAAUUUCGAUACCAAUCUUUUACCAAAGAAUGUUCAAAUUAAAUCAUCAAAUAUUGUACAAAAAACUAUUGAUUUAUAUUUAAUUUCUUCGGAAGCCACAGCUUUUGGAUUUACAGUUAAUAAAGUUGACACAAAAGAAGAUAGCUUAUAUAAACCAAAAGAGUUUACUGGAUAUCAAUUAGGAACAAUCGAUACUGGUAAAUAUCCAUCAAUUACUACAAAUUUCUCAGCCUACAUUCAAAUUGUUACAUCAUACACAAAUGGUACCAAUAGUGUAUCAUACGUCAACUGGCAACAUUCUAAGGAUAGACUUUCAGAAAGAUUUGUUUUCUAUGGUGCCAAUAUUACCAAUUCCACUAGUAUUGAUAUUUGUUACCUUGAUGCUUCAUUAACACAUGUCAAUGUAUCGAUCAAUGAUGCAGCCACCAAAGGUCCAUUUGAAAAGAGCUCACAACUUCCAGAAUUUGUUAAAGAGUCUUUAAUUUCAAAAAUCCUUUUGGACACUGUCUAUUUAAGAAAUGCUUCUAUUUUACCAGAAUACAGCACCUCAAAUAAUAUUCCAUCAUUAGCACUUAAUAAUAUUUAUAACACUUCAGCUUUAUUCUACCCAUUAAAUUGGAACUAUCAAGUAGAUAAACAAAAUACCUCAACUGUUAUUUCAAUUUCACAUACUUAUUCAGAUGGUACCGUUGUUUCAUGGAAUGUUUUCAAAUAUGAUACAUCCGUAGAUCCAGAAGCCUACUCUAAAUGUACACCAAUUGUUCCAACUAAACAUAAAAUCAAGAUUUCAGGUGCAGGUAUUGGUGUAGUUAUCGCUGUUCUAUUUAUUGUUGUUGGUGGUGCAGCUGGCACUGCCUUCUAUAUGUACAAAAAAAAUAAAAUUAUUCCAACUCCACCACAUAUUUUAUUAGAGGAUAAAGAUUUAAUUAGUCAACAAGAAAAAGAUAGAAUGUAUGAAAAUUAA